AUGUAAAUUAUAUUCCUAAUUGUUUGCAUCGUUGCAUUUGUCGAUUGCAAAUUGAAAGUAAUCAGGCCAGCUGAAUUGGUGGAUCGUUUGGGAUCAAAAAUAGACAUAGCACUUGCCAAUUUUGGGUUUUAAAUAAUGUCUAGUAAAUUAGUGAAAUUCCAUUCGGACAUCGAGUGGUUGGCUACGUUGACGUGGCUUCUCCUAAUGAUGCUUGCGUUCCUCUUGAGCCAGCCUAAUAAAGUCAUUUUGUAUUGAUAGAGAGAGGAGGCUGUAGCUUCGUCACUAAGGUCAGGAAUGCCCAGAAUGCUGGAUAUUCACUAGCUAUUAUAGGGAAUAAUAAUGAUGAACCAUUGAGUUCUGAUUUCGUUAUGGCUGAUGAUGGUCAUGGAUACUCAGUACACAAUUAAUAUAAAUGUUAUAGGUUAACAUACCAUCGAUAUUCAUAAUAUCAAGGGAUUUUUAAAUCCUGAAAGAGUACUCCACCAAAGCUGGUGAGAUUUUGGAUGAUAAGGUCCUUGUUUUAGUUAAAUUCGACGUUAAAAAGAAGGAACGCACUGAUGUAAUGUUUAGUCUCAAAGUAAAUGACAGAGAUUCAUACAGAGUGAUGGAUGAAUUCUCUGAAUAUUACAAUCUUUUAGUAAACGAGAAUGUCAAUUAUACAUUGGUUUAUGAAAUCUUCAAUACCAAUACAACAGAAACUGAAAAUUUCACUGACGCAGAUAAUUGUAUCUGUUCAAGAAGGUAUUGUGCAGAAGAUCCAGAUGGAACUGGCGUUGCAACAGGAAAAAAUAUAAUUGAAGAGAUUAUUAGACAAACUUGCAUCUUCAAAUACUAUGCAGACAAAUAUUUUUAGUAUAUGGUACAACUUCAUACUGACAGUAGGAUAAAUUUAAUUUUUAAUGCUCAAAACCUCAAGCCUUCUAUAUUUGUGGCAGUAAGAUUUUAACCAAUUUACAAAUACCAGCAGAUGAAAUAAACAAAUGUAGAGAUGAUUCAUUUAGAGAUGUUGUUACUAACGAAGUUACUAAAAAUCUCACAAAUGCUUUUAAUACUAUAUUGGACCACCAAUUACUAUUAAGAGAUUAGGCUGGAUGGUUGAUGGUGCCUUCAGCAAUGGUAAAUUCCGUAAUUUACAAAGGGAAAUUGACAGGAAAGGGAAUUUUCGGUGAAAUUUGCAAUAGUAAUGCUUUCAUUCAAAUUAAUAGGUUUUGUUACUCCUCCUUCAGUUUGUAAGGAUGAAGUAGAUGACUAUUAUAAUGAGGGGAGUGGUUAUUAGUAUCUGAUUUGGCUUAUUCUUUUUAUCUCAAUCUUAAUAGCUAUCUUCGUCAUCAUUCUAUACUUUUUGUUCAAGAAAUUUGUGAAAAGAGACAGCGUUGAAGUAACUCAAGUAUAAGUAAACGAAAUGGUCAGUCAAUAUAUUAAAUUUUAUGAAGGAAAAGAAUAACAAAAAUAAAAUUCUUUUUGA